AGGGAGAGAGGAGGGAGAAGAUCAACGGCACUGGGGGUAGACAAUCAAGCGGCGAUAAGAGCGACCAAUGCCUUCCAAUUGAAACCGGGCCACUAUCUAAUGGACAAAUUUCAUGACAACCUCUGCACUCUCUACCCAUCCGAGGACAACGGAAGAUUGGUGCUACGCUGGGCAGCAGGCCACACCGGCAUAGCCAGCAAUGAACAAGCAGAUGAACAAGCCAAAAAGGCGGCAGGAGGA